CUUGCUGGCACUGUAGUAAGAAAAUACGGUUUUAUUGAUUUCUUCAUAAGCAAGUGUGGGUGGGACACCUCGAGGAGAGCAUCCUCGCUUACCCGAAUGACCAUGGCGGACGACGACGUGCUGUUCGAGGAUGUGUACGAGCUGUGUGAGGUUAUUGGCAAGGGUCCCUUCAGUGUGGUGAGGCGCUGCAUCAACAGGGACACGGGCCAGCAGUUUGCCGUGAAGAUCGUGGACGUGGCCAGCUUCACCUCCAGCCCCGGACUCAGCACAGAAGAUCUGAAGCGAGAGGCCAGCAUCUGCCACAUGCUGAAACACCCCCACAUCGUGGAGCUGCUGGAGACAUACAGCUCUGAUGGCAUGCUUUACAUGGUCUUUGAAUUUAUGGAUGGCGCCGACCUGUGUUUCGAGAUCGUGAAGAGAGCUGAUGCUGGGUUUGUGUACAGCGAAGCAGUAGCAAGCCACUACAUGCGGCAGAUUCUGGAGGCGCUUCGGUACUGCCAUGACAACAAUGUGAUCCAUCGGGAUGUGAAGCCUCACUGUGUGCUGCUGGCCUCCAAGGAGAACUCUGCCCCCGUCAAGCUGGGAGGCUUCGGAGUGGCUAUACAGCUGGGAGAGUCCGGAUUAGUAGCUGGAGGCCGGGUGGGUACCCCACACUUCAUGGCGCCGGAGGUGGUCAAACGGGAGCCGUAUGGCAAACCGGUGGACGUGUGGGGGUGCGGAGUCAUCCUCUUCAUCCUCCUGUCUGGCUGCCUUCCUUUCUACGGCACCAAGGAGCGUCUGUUUGAGGCCAUCAUUAAAGGGAAAUACAAGGCGAGGCAGUGCAUCGUCACGAUGAACCCUCGCCAGUGGGCCCACAUUUCGGAGAGCGCCAAGGACCUGGUGAGACGCAUGCUGAUGCUGGACCCCGCUGAGAGGAUCACCGUCUACGAGGCCCUCAACCACCCCUGGCUGAAGGAGAGGGACAGGUACGCCUACAAGAUCCACCUGCCCGAGACAGUGGAGCAGCUGAGGAAGUUCAACGCCAGGAGGAAGCUGAAGGGUGCAGUGUUGGCUGCUGUCUCCAGCCACAAGUUCAAUUCGUACUACGGCGACCCCCCGGAGGAGAUGCACGACUUCUCGGACGACCCCACCUCCUCAGGACUGCUAGCCGCCGAAACAGGGGCAGUGUCACAGGUUUUGGACAGUCUAGAGGAGAUUCACGCCUUGACGGACUGCAGCGAGAAAGACAUGGACUUCCUGCACAGCGUCUUCCAGGAUCAGCACCUCCACACCCUGUUGGAUCUUUAUGAUAAAAUCAACACCAGGUCUUCCCCUCAGAUCCGGAACCCUCCAAGUGAUGGAGUGCAGAGAGCCAAAGAGGUACUGGAGACCAUCUCAUGUUAUCCAGAGAACAUGGAGGCCAAGGAGCUCAGGAGGAUUCUCACACAGCCACAUUUCAUGGCGUUGCUGCAGACCCACGAUGUCGUCGCCCAUGAGGUGUACAGCGACGAGGCACUGAGGGUGACGCCCCCGCCCACUUCCCCCUACCUGAACGGAGACUCUCCAGACAGCACCAACGGAGACAUGGACCUGGAGAACGUCACCAGGGUCCGCCUCGUCCAGUUCCAGAAGAACACUGAUGAGCCGAUGGGCAUUACUCUGAAAAUGAAUGAACUUAACCACUGCAUUGUGGCUCGCAUCAUGCACGGCGGAAUGAUUCAUCGACAAGGGACUCUGCAUGUAGGAGACGAGAUCCGGGAGAUUAACGGCAUCAGCGUCGCCAAUCAGACGGUGGAACAGCUCCAGAAGAUGCUGAGGGAGAUGAGGGGGAGCAUCACCUUCAAGAUCGUUCCCAGUUACCGAUCCCAGUCCAUGUCCUGUGAGAAAGAAUCACCAGAUGUGUCCCGACAGUCGCCGGCAAACGGUCACGCCAGCGUUACAAGCUCCAUCCUGGACCUGCCAUCGACGAUCCAGCCUAAAGGGCGUGUGAUCUCCAGACCGGCUAUCAAGGACAAAUUGUCCAUCAAGAUUUACGUACGUGCUCAGUUCGAGUAUGACCCAUCCAAAGACGACCUCAUCCCGUGUAAGGAGGCCGGGAUCCGUUUCCGGGUGGGCGACAUCAUCCAGAUCAUCUCCAAGGACGAUCACAACUGGUGGCAGGGGAAGCUGGAGAACACAAAGAACGGCACGGCGGGCCUCAUCCCCUCGCCUGAGCUGCAAGAGUGGCGUGUGGCGUGCAUAGCGAUGGAGAAGACCAAACAGGAACAACAGGCCAGCUGCACCUGGUUUGGCAAGAAGAAGAAACAGUACAAAGACAAGUACCUGGCCAAGCACAACGCAGUGUUUGACCAACUAGAUCUGGUGACGUACGAGGAAGUGGUCAAACUGCCGUCGUUCAAGAGGAAAACGCUGGUGCUGCUUGGUGCUCAUGGAGUUGGCAGGAGGCACAUCAAGAACACACUCAUCACCAAACAUCCCGACCGCUUCGCCUACCCCAUCCCUCACACAACACGGCCUCCCAAGAAGGACGAGGAGAACGGGAAGAACUACUACUUUGUCUCCCACGACCAGAUGAUGCAGGACAUCAGCAACAACGACUACCUGGAGUACGGCAGCCACGAGGACGCCAUGUACGGCACCAGGCUGGAAACCAUCAGGCAGAUCCAUACGCAGGGCAUGAUCUCCAUCCUGGAUGUGGAACCACAGGCACUAAAGAUCCUCAGGACGGCCGAGUUUGCUCCCUACGUCGUCUUCAUCGCAGCGCCCACCAUCACCCCAGGAAUGACCGAGGUUCCAAAGUGGUGCAGAAAACUGCCUGACGACUCUCUCCAGCGGCUGCAGAAGGAAUCCGAGAUGCUGCAGCGGACCUACGCCCACUACUUCGACCAGACGGUCAUCAACAACGAGAUCGACGACACCAUCCGCAUGCUGGAGGAGGCCGUCGACCUGGUGUCCACCACCUCCCAGUGGGUGCCCGUCUCCUGGGUCUACUGACACGCGCUCAACGACAACGAGCUCGUCACCCUGAACAGCCAUCGCCAUCUCUGAUCUGACACGGAGGCUAAACUUUGGUCACCCCCCCCCCCUCCCCCCUCCCCCACACGAGUCACGUCUCUGUCAUCAGAAUCAUCUGUGUAGAUAAUCUGUUGCUGAAAAAGAAGGGAAGAGAAGAAGCUAAAGACUCUGACGCCUCACUACAGAGACUUCUUCCUGCCCCGCCCCCUUUUUCUCAACACUCUCAAAGGCAUAUUGAUGUGUACAUAUAUACAUAUAUAUAUAAAUGAUUACAAACUACGUGAAUAUGGUUCUGUCCUUACAUAGUCGACAGCUGGGGAGUGGAGGGGCAGUGUGGUAGAUAUUUUGUACUUUUCUUUUCUAAUCGAUGGAUGGGUGGUAAUACUGGAAAGGCAAUAGCGAGCAUGACCAUAAAGCAGUCUUAUGUGGGUGCCUGUGUGUGUGUGUGUGUGUGUGUCGACCUUUAAAAGGCACUUCUUGUGGUACUGUGUCCUCCUCUCCGACAUCCCCCUCUAAUCUCCUCGGGCCUCUGUGACAAACAGGCCGAGCUUUGAAGCACAUAAGAAGCUGCUACAGUGGCGACAAGUGACUCCCUCAGCGACAAAUGCAAGUUUGAGAGAAGCAAAAAAAGCACAGGAAACUUGGCAGUUUCUCCCGCCCCCCCCCCCCCCCCCCCCUCUAUUUAUUUCUCUGGCCCUCUGUGCCUGUCAGUCUGUUGAAGGAGCACACUGCAUCCCUCUGCGCUGUCCUUCCAUGUGUUGCUGUAGCCCGUUGUACCAUGCUUCCCUUCCCCGACCUCGGAUGUUUACAUCUCUGUUUGCACAAAAUGGACAAUGAAGAAGACGUGUACGGCAUCUCGUCACCUCACCUCACCGUUUUUUUUUUUUUUACUUUCUCUUGCUAUGUUCACCCCCCUGUCCCUCCGUACACGACAUGCUAAUGAGUGGACCUGGACUAUCGUUCUUGUGGGCAUGAUGAGAUAUGAAAAAGCACCUGCAUUGACCACUAAACAUGGCUCCUGAGCUGGGGGGAAAAAAAACUCAACAGAAAGAAGAGAGACACGCCCCAUCAGAGCCUCGGGGGAUGAAGUCAGUAACACCUAUGCACGACCCCUGGUCUCUGGCCAGGCGGGUCGCCACGACAACCACUUUCUUCUUUCCUAGAAAAAAAAACUAAAGUGAGCCGUGUUCAUAGGAAUGUGUGUGUGGGAGGGGAGGGCCUCAUGUAGGUGGGAUACAUCCAAUCUUAGAGCCACCGUUUUGGAACUGUUAACUGUUGUCUUUAAAAAUAUUAAAAAGGAGUAUUCUUGUUUUUGAGGGAGGAGAAAAAUAACUCUAAAUUUUGUGUGUAAAUGUUUCAAUGGUGCGUACGUCAUACGAGUGAAUUACCACGAGCCAGUGUAUAUUAAUCCUUCAAAAGAAGCUCGCUAUGUGACAUAACCUCUCUUCACGCUUCAGCUGAAGUGGCACCGAAGCCGCCACACCUGCAUAACCUCAGUAGAAAAAAGGUACGCCGGUUCAGAGGUGUUAAAAAAAUGACGUCGACGUGAAUAAUAAGCUGUACGGUGCGGCUGCUGCUGCUGCUGUUCCACUUCAGGUGAAGUGUUUUUUCAUUUCAAGUCCUGUGUAAAUUACCUCUGCAAAUGACUCAAGCAGCUCUUCUGUAUGAAAUGUUGUUCUUUUUUUGUUAUUUCAUUUUUCAAAAAAAUAUAUUUCCUUUUACGUGUUUAAAGUAA